GUCUCAGCAUUAUUUACACUUUACUAGCGGGAUUCCUUCAAUUUUGAUACUUAGAGCGAGAAACUUAGCUUAAUGCUUUUUUCGUUGUAGUUGCUUUUCAGUAAUAGAAAAUGGCGGACGACGGAACGCCUUCAAAGCCCAGCGAGGAGCUGGAAAAUAGGGCCUAUGAGGCGCUGGAGCGAGACUUCCAGGAGGUGCUUCAAGAGCUCGUGGGCGACAAGAGCCUGGAGCGCUUCCGUAUUGAAUAUGAGAAGCUCCAUAGGGCUCUUAAGAAGUCCCAUGAAAGCGAAAAGCGCCUGAUCAAGAAGUGCCGUGAGCUCAACGCGGAAAUUGUAGCGAACGCUGCCAAGGUGCAGACAGCACUCAAACUCAAUGAGGAGGACCAGCAGACCAUCACCGCGCUUAAAAAGGAAAUCGAGAAGGCAUGGAAGAUGGUGGACGCCAGCCACGAGAAGGAGGCCAAGGCGAAGGAGACCAUCCAGCAGCUCAAAAUAGAGAUCGCCAACCUGACACGGCUUGUCGAGCAGGGUGCGGGGCUGGCUAUCGGCGAGGAGACCACGCUCAACGAGCUCCUUAAGCAGAAGGAGGAGCUCGUACGAGAGCGUGACGCGCAGGUGGACCAGAUCAUGGCGCUGCGCGGCGACCUCAUGGAGACGCAGGAGAAGCUGCGUAACGCGGAGACGGAGAAGCUGCAGCUCGAGCUGGACAUCCAGCAGCUCAAGGACGCGGUUGCGGAGAAAAAGGCGGAGGCGGAGCGCGAGAUCCGCAAGAAGGAGCGCAUGGAGAAGGAGAUGAAGGAGCUGCGGCAGCAGCUGGAGGUGCGCAGCACGGAGAUCAAGCAGAAGCAGGUGCAGGUGACGACGACAGAGGAGCAGGUCGCCAAGCUGGAGCAGAUGCUGCGUGAGAGCAAGCUGGCCACGGAGAAGGUGCAGAAGGAGUACAACCUGCUGAACGAGAAGAUGCAGAAGCUGCACCACGACCUGGAGGAGCAGAUCCACACCAACACGCAGCUGCUGGCGGAGAACUCCGCCAAGCAGGUGGAGCUCAAGGUGAAGGAGGAGGAGAUCGCGGCCAUCAAGCAGGAGGCCUCGCGUGUGAACAAGCUACGCGAGCAGACCAUGAAGAAGACCAAGCAGCUUGAGGAGCAGCGCGCGGAGGUGGAGAAGGAGCGCGACACGCUGCGGGCCGACCUGUCUGCUCUGGAGCGGGACCUGGAAGCGAAGCAGAAGGAGGUGGACACGGAGAAGAAGAAGCUGGAGGAGCUGAUGCGCGAGCGAGAUGUGCUGACGAAGCUACGGUCGCAGGCUGAGAACGCGACACAGAAGCAGAUCGACCUCAUCAAGAUCAACGAGAACACCAAGCGCAACCUGGAGCAGGAGAUCCAGGGCUACAAGACGGAGGCGCAGAAGCAGUCCAAGCUCAUCUAUCAGCUGGAGAAGGAGCGCGAGAAGUACAGCAUCGAGGCCAGCGAGGCGUCCGCGAAGUACAUGCAGGCCUUGGAGGAGGUGAAGCUGCGCGAGAUGGCCAUCAUCGACCUGCAGAAGCGCAUCGCGGAGGGCGAGGCCAAGCUGAAGCAGCAGCAGAACCUCUACGAGGCGGUGCGCGCGGACCGCAACCUGUACAGCAAGAACCUGAUCGAGGCGCAGGACGAGAUCCAGGAGAUGAAGCGCAAGUUCAAGAUCAUGCAGCACCAGAUUGAGCAGCUUAAGGAGGAGAUCACAGGCAAGGACCUGUACCUGCUGAAGGAGCACUUUGACCACCAGAAGGUGAUCAAAGAGAAGGACCUGCUGCGCGCCGAGCUUGACAAGUCCAAAGCGCAGAUCAAGGAGGCCGACGCCGCCAUCUCCUCCCAGAAGGCCGAGAUCGACAAGCUCAACCACAUCAUCAACGAAGCCGACCAGGAGCGCAUCCGCCAGAAAAAAGAGUACGACAUCGUGGUCAACGAGCGCGACAUCCUGGGCACGCAACUUGUACGACGCAACGACGAGCUCGCGCUGCUGUACGAGAAAAUCAAGAUCCAGCAAUCCACGCUCUCCAAGGGGCAGAUCCAGUACCGCGAUCGGCUCAACGAGAUCCGCGUGCUCAAGGUCAAGCUGGCGGAUCUCAAACGCGAGCUGCACAUCCUCAAGUCCUCCGUCGCGAACAUCGACGUCCUCAAGCGCGAGGUUCACCAGCUGGGUCGGGAGCUGCUUCAGGAGCGCACUAAGGUGAAGGCGCUGUCGGAGGAGCUGGAGAACCCGCUCAACGUGCACCGCUGGCGCAAGCUGGAGGGCUCGGAUCCGGGCACGUAUGAGAUGAUCCAGAAGAUCCAGACGCUGCAGAAGCGGCUUAUUGCCAAGACGGAGGAGGUGGUUGAGAAGGACCUGCUCAUCCAGGAGAAGGAGAAGCUCUACAUGGAGCUUAAGAACAUCCUGGCUCGGCAGCCGGGGCCGGAGGUUGCGGAGCAGCUCAGUAUCUACCAGGCCAACCUCCGCGAGAAGACCAAGCAGAUGAAGGCCAUGGCCAGCGAGCUCAACAUGUACCAGGCGCAGGUCAACGAGUACAAGUACGAGAUUGAGCGGCUGGUGCGCGAGCUGAACGAGAUGAAGCGCAAGUACUUUGAGGGCAAGCGGCGAGAGCAGCUGGAGCGGGAGCGCACGCUCAAGGCGCCCGCGCCCGCACAGCCCAACGUCACGCAGCCGCGGUUCACGGGCGGCGGCUUCUCGCUGUCGCAAUAAGCGGCGGCGGCGGGAGAGUUGUGAGAGGGGUGGUCGUGGUGUUGAUGGGGUGGCCGGAUGGGGCACGGAUGACGGUGGAGGGCGGUUCUUUAGUGGGUAGCCAGAAUACCGCUGCAUGGCGAAAGCGGCGUAUUUAGCGGUGUUCAGGGUAGCUGGAAGGGUAGGGUAGUAGUCGGUGUGGUGCGUGUGUCGGCUUGUAGGGAAGGGGUGUAUAGCUUGCAUUGCGUGGGAUUAUGGGCGCAUAGGGGAGGGUCAUGACCUCUAGGGUGGCCAUGCGGCCACAUUGGCUUCAUGUAGGCUUGGGGAAAGGACGACGGCGGCCGAACCUUACGACAGUGAUACAAAGCUGCAAGUGGCAAGACUAAGAAAUCGCAACUGCUUCGUUAGUAACACUUCGGUAGUAUGACGGCUGACUGUUGAUUGAGCUGUCGUCGCUAUUGGACCCGCAGCACGUGAGCUAAGGGCUAGGCGAGACGUGAUCGGGAUUACUGUAGACCAACCGUGGUUCUGAGGUGUGGUGGUUUAACGCGCGGCAGCGCGAAUAGCAGGUGUUACGACGGCUAAAACGGCUGUACAUAGCUUAGGACGCUCGGGGUAUGCGUUAAUGGGCUAGGCGUGUUCCUGUUCUGCACCACAUGGUUCUUCUGCUUUGAUGUCGCCUGCGCUGUUUGGCACAAGCCGACGCGUGGCUGUGCCUUGUGCGCAUGAAGGGAUGCGAGGGUGCAAGGACAUGUCGACACGCCGUAACUCUACUUAGCACUCCGUUUUCCGUACAUGCUCCAUGCGUGUAUAUUAGUCAUAUGUAUGCGCGCUGCAGUAGCGCUCGUCCAGUAACUAUCUAAGCUGAAUGAAUAUCCAUUUCGUUGCGGCGGACCUGUAAGAAUGAACGACGGCGUCUGCAGUGCAGCAUUGCUACAUGCCGAUGUCCUUCAG